CAUCCUAUUAUUGUCCCCUCCUUUUUAACUUUCAUUCUUCGGGGUGACUUGAGGUGAUUAAUCAGAAGCCGUCUAUAGCGUACCCGCGUCGCAAGAAACCUUGCCCUGUGGCGGGUCAACUUUGUUGUGAUUAUAUUGUAUCCUUGUCCAGCUAUCUCCCCCCAGGUUUCAACUGAACAAACGCCAAACAAUGGUCAACGGCACCGCGGCCGUGUUGGAGCCCACGUAUACGGGAUACGUUGCGACGACUCACGAUGCAUUGAUCCUGUUCGAGGCCUGCCUGACGGGCGUCCUGCACCACGUUCCCCGGCGACCGCAUGACCGGGAACGAAGCCAUCUGGUCCGUAGCGGCAGCGUUUUUAUCUACGAAGAGAACGCGUCAGGGAUCAAGCGAUGGACGGACGGCGUGACUUGGAGUCCCAGUCGGAUACUGGGGAAUUUCCUGGUGUAUCGCGAGCUGGAUAAGCCAUUUCCUCCGGGAGAAAAGAAGCGCGCAAUGAAGAAGGGAAACAGACGCCCAGUGACUGCAACAAGACCGGGAGAACCCUACCCACGGCCGGAGAGCAAUGGCCAAGGCUAUUCCUCCCCUACGACGUCGUCAUCGGGAGGAUUUGGAGACAGACCGGCGCAGUCGGAAAUGGAAAGAGCCCUGGUCGGUUCGCUGGUUGAUUCAUACGGCUUCAAGGAUUCGGGACUGGUGAAGAAGACGAUGAGCGUGACGGUAUCGGGUGUGACGCACCAUCUGGUUUCAUACUACAGCGUGGAAGACGUGAUGCGGGGGGCGUUGAACCCUCCGUCUAUGGUGGAAUCUCUGCGGUAUAUCCGACCGCGAGCUGAACUUACGCAGAAGCAGAGCUUCCGGGCCCCGAUUGAUGAUCUUGAGACCGGCAUGGAGAACCCGAAUGAUCCUUCACAGGCGAUGUACGGAUAUCGUCCGGCACUCAUUGCGCCUCCCGGAUACCCAAUGCCUAACCCGCAUCCUGAUUAUUAUCUACAUGGAGCCCCUUAUGGCGCUACACAUCCCCCACCGUCUGGACCUAUUUCUGGCUAUCCGAUCAGCGCACCGCUCCCCGCCCAACCAGCGUCAAAUCAUUAUCUACCGGCGCCAGCCGCUCCUGGACAGCUGCAAACGAAGACCGAAGACUACUCGCCAUUCCGUCCUCCUCAAUAUGGAACCGGCUUCGAAUCGAUGAGUCAGAACCAUAUCUCGUCAUCUAUCCCUCCUGCUAUCAGCCCUGUUGUGCCCAGUCCUAUCACGGAUCGAAGCCGCUCCCAGACAAAUACCAGUCCGACCGUCUAUCGAAACCAUUCCAUAUCCUCCAGGAGCGUCGCUGCGGAUCCCACGUCCCCGGUUGAUGCAUCGACCACGGCUACAUAUUCGAGAGGUAGCUUCAGCCUACCGGGUCCCAUGGACGGGACAGCAUCGCAGUCACUGGAUCAGCGUGGUGUCGCUCCCUCGCCUUUUGACCCGAACCUCUCGCGACGAGAGUCGAAUCCCAUCCCCGCUUCUUAUUAUACGGGCAGUGACCGACCACAGUAUUACGUGGGAGGUCCUCCCGCUGGCCACUCCAGCUACCCUGGAGGACAACCAAUCUCCACAUGGAGCACUACGGCUCCUGCGCAGCCGCAGAUAUAAUAUAGGAUACCCCUCUGGUUUUUUCUUCUUCUUUUUCUUUUUUUGCGCGGAUGAAUCGGAAUUUAGGGAAAGGAAUCAGUGUUCAUUUGGGCCGGGCUAUCAGCCUUUCAGUUGUCUUUUUCGUUCACUGCUGCGGCAAUUCAAAGGCCAUAAAAUCGGGGCUGCCGGUUUUUUCCUUCACAAAAGGGCAUUAAGAGUGGUGUAUGAGUCUUGCUUUUUUUCUUCUCUCGAUCUGGGUUCAACUCUGCGGGCC